CAACCGGGGUUCUUCCGAUGUAGGAGGGGAGAGAGAAGAGAGGGGAGAGGGGAGAGGGGUGCGUAGGAGGCGUCAUCUUGGGGCACAAACACUUCUUCUUAGAGAUAUCUUGGGAAAGAGGCUUAGAGUAUCGUAUUGAAAAAGAAACAUGGUUAAAAGAACCCCCGAAAGUUCUCUCCAAGCCAUUGUGUGAUGAGAUGAGGGGAAAACACUUUCUUUCUGCAAAUUGUGUACAACAUGGCUAGAAGAAUGUGUUGCACUACAUUUUUGACAUCCUGUAGCUGUCGAUUCUUGCUUGUCUGCUUGCAUUCUGUAACAAAGUACGGUAUUCCAUAUUCCCUUUCCGGUCAGAAGACACAUAUAUAAAAUUGGUAUGAAUACACUCGUAUUUGCUUUGAAGAGACAUCAAAUGCACAUUAAAUCAGCCCUCCCUCUAUUUACCCCUCACACGAAUUACCCCGCCAAAUAAUCAAAUCGGCGCUCUCGGUAUUUCCAGAAAAAAAGAAAAAAGAAAAAAGAAGAUCUGCAUGCGCCUGCAAAAUCUCCAGGUUUGAUAGACGGUAUUAGUUAAUUCCUAGGAGAGUAAUUGAUUGCUUGGGAGAUGGAGAUGGAACGAGUCAAGGUCUGAGGAGUGCGAAAUGUUUAUCUAUCUUAUCUAUGAUUUUAUGAUCUUGCAAGAAAGAAAAGUCGGGAAAAUCGUCAUAAUUUUUGGGGGGAGAGUCGAUGCGAGUACAGAUACUUGUUUACCAGCUUUUGUGCGACCACCAUUGAUUGCUCUAUCAAUUGAUCAUAUAUAGUGAUAAUUCAUCCAUUGUUGUCGGAAUACUUCUUGGUAUACUUAGAUUAUACACCCAAAAGCAGAAGAACGAGCCGGAAACUCGUUCCAGAGGCGAAAUCUGGAAGAGAUGUCUCAAGAACCAUAUAAGAAAGUAGGGCGAGGCGGCGCGGGGAAUUUCUAUAGUAAACAGGAUGUAGAGAGGAGUAAUGGUACUUCUGAUCUCGAAGACCAAUCCUCGUCCUCUUCCAUCAAGCAAAACAAAACUCCCUCCCUACUCUUACAAGCAUUGCGCGCCAAAGGCGCCGCUGGGCCCCCGCCAGAAUACCAACACACCGGUCGCGGCGGCGCAGGCAAUCUCACCUCCCCCGCUUCGCUCGUAAAUUCGGGUCUCACGCAGACAUUGACGAAUUAUGAUAACCCGACGAUUAAUCCCGCGCCGCCGUCGAGCUCGCCGAGAAAUGUGAGGAGUAGUAUGCAGAGUGUUGUUUAUAAGGGUGGGAGAGGAGGCGCAGGAAACUACGACUGGGAAAGCGACGAAGCAUCGAGAGAAACGCAACGCGUCUCGGAAGAAAACUCGCGCAAAGAAAUUGAAAAGAAAGUGGUGGGUGAGAUUGAUGGGGAUGGAGAACAGGGGCUGAAGAAACCGGGGAAGGCAUAUGAUAUUAAUGCGGGAAAAGAGAUGGAGGGCUCAAAAGGAGGGGCUCUGGGUGGAGUUUUAGAGUAAUUAGAAAUUUGAUCAGCGGAGUAGUGUUUUGUUUCUGGUGGGUGGGUUAUGGAUAUAAGAAUUGAUACCUAUGUAUGGGGUGGGUGGUAGGGCUCGGAGGGUUGGGACGAUAGAUGUGAUAUAUAUAUUCCGGACAUGAGGACGAUAAUGAGUAAGUACUUAUAUUGACAGAUGAGAAAAUAUGAGACAGGAUGAGAUAGAAAGAAACUGUCGUUGUAAUUAUGUUGUAUAGACAUUGGAUAUUGGUUUUGGGUGAACUGGAUAUGUAUACGACGGAGACUGUCUAGCGUUGAUUUUUUCCCACAAAGUUGUUUGAAUGGGGUACUUCAGUCUCAGGUUACCGUGAGGAUCUCACAAUUUCAUGAGAGGAAAGUAAACAUUCGGGGGUAGGAGUGAGGAUUUGUCGAACCUAUCUAUGAUCUAGUGGUCUACGGGUAUCACGUUCAAUAUCUCAGAGACUUAGUAUGAAUAUUCGAAGCGCAGUUUUUCCAAGGGGAAUUUCAAUAUACGCUUUCAGGUGGAGCGAUGAAGGAGUUAGAAUAUUGAAUAGAGUGAUUUAAGAGCGUCCAAGAAAG